CGUAGACGAUGAGGAAAACCAUGAAUAUGAAGAAAGAAGUUAUAGUGAUAACGUAUAUGACCAUGUGACAUCAACACUUGGGAAUAUUGAUAAAGACAGCGAGUCAGAUGAGUCUGGAUCUGUAACGUCUUUUUCAUCGGAGGGCUCUGUUGAUGUAAAGGAGGAUAUAAUGCCAACAUCAGAAUUUUUAAAUUUAUCGUCCGAUGAUGAUCUUAAUCCAUACAUUCAGAAGAAUAUUCAACGUGAUAAAUUAUCGAAGAAACGAGAUUAUGAACAAGAAUUACCCGUUAUACGUGAUGUUAUUCAAGAGCCAUUGACUAAACGUUCAAGAAGUGAAAAAAAUACGAAAUCCAAAAAGAAAAGUACCCUACAUCCUGACUUUCCAACCGUGGAAGAUCGGCACAAGAAGGAACAAUCUUCGGCAGCUAAAUUUGAAGAUUUGUUGGCUACAUUUCAGGCUAAUGAUAAUUCGUCUGCAAAUCGAUUAUCGGGUAUCAAGGCGAAUUCUCAAUUACCAUCAGCGUUCAGUUCUUCACCAUCUCAGCGGCAGCAAUCAUCAACAAGGGUAGAUCCUCAUCAGUAUUUAUCAAAAUCGUUAUUAUCAACUAUUCAGAGAGCAGCAUCUGCAGUUCGUGAAUAUCAUAAGAAACAAAGAUUAGCACUUUCGUCAUCCGUAGCCCCCAAAAAUUUUGCUCCCGAAGAAGAGAGUGAUUUAUUAGAUGAUGAGGACGACUUAAGGCUAAAACCAGAACAACUUGAGAAAUUGCGAAAUUCCAAGAAAAUUAGGGAAUUUCUUCGGGACGAUACGCUAAGGGAAAUUAUAUAUUUUAUAGAUAAUGCAGCAAAGAGUCCAAAGGUCGAGGAACUAUUGGAUGCCGCAAGGUUAAAUGAUGAGAUAUUUCAUGACUUUACGGAAGAAAUUUUGAAUCUUGUCACAACUCGCGAUUCUGAUGAUUAA